UUUGUUUCCACAUAAUGUUGUUUGAAGCACUAAAGUGUUUGUUUUUAGCAGAAAAUGAGAGAGAGGUGAGGUCAUGAGGAUUUCAUUCAUGUCUCUCAAUAGUCUCACUCUCUCUCUCUUUUGUAAGGGGAAAAGGGUUUUUCAUUUUUGUUUUUGCCUUUUAAUUUAAGUUUCUUUCUUCCUUUCUGCCCAUUAAACUAUGGAAAAAUGGCAGAUUACCAAUCAUCCUUUCCCCUCUAUAGGAAACAACCAUCAUUGCUCCCAACAAUCCUUUUCAACCUUAGAAACCUGAGCUUCUUCUAAAGAUUUCAUAUUCCUCUCUUUCUCACUCUCUCCUUACCAUUACAAUUUAAGUAGCGCCACUCUUUAUAACCUUUUCUGCCUCUCCCCUUUGGAACUGUCAAACUUCAUUUUCUAUGAUGGAUCCUUCCUCCACAAACUCUGUCAAUGGCUUCUACAAUUUCCUGACUCGAGGGAUUGAUGAUCUUGAACGCCUGUUUCUGUCUAAUAACUUCAUGUCUGUUCAGUUCCUCCAGAGAGUCUUGUCCCUUUUGAGAUCUUCCCACAGUCAGUUGACCCUUUUGGUUCAGAAACUCCACUUGCCUGUUGGUGAAAAAUGGCUUGAUGAGUACAUGGAUGAGAGUUCCAAGCUUUGGGAAGUUUGCCAAAUCCUUAAAACUGGCAUAUCAGGCAUGGAGAACUACUACUCUGCAGGCCUCAACAUAACUUCCUCUCUUGAUGCCCAUCGCCAUUUGAGUCCACAGCUUUCUCGUCAGGUGAUUCGGGCUAUAUCAGGAUGCAGAAGAGAGGCCGUGGGGCUGGAGGAGGAAAACAGGUCCCUGAUGGAGACAAGAAUUGAGCCCCUCUCUCUGAAAUUUGAUGAGACAGUCUCCAUUGAAUCCAAGUUGAAUGGAUUCAAUGGGUUCAGGGGAGUGCUCUAUGCAAUGAGAAACGUCAGUUCACUUCUACUGAUGAUUUUGCUCUAUGGCUUAGUUUUCUGCUGGCCCGAGUCAAAUUCUCCAAGAAAUGGAUAUGAAGGGUGCCUGUUCUUUGGAUCAGCCUUCAUGAUCUCAACAGCCAGGCUGCAGCAGAGGGUGGCAUCUGAGAUCAAUCAAAUAACUGGCCGGCCCGGAGUCCUUCUGUAUGAGUUUAGGAGAUCAAAAGCUGCCCUGGAUGAGCUGAGAGGAGAGCUGGAGAGGAAGUGCUCACAGGGGAUCUUGGAGUGGGAAUCAGAAGUUGGGAUAAGAGAAAGAGUGGAAAGCUUGAAGGGUUGCUUUGGAAUUUUGAGGGCAGGAACUGAGAACAUAAUUGGACAGCUUGAUGAUUUUUUUGAUGAAAUUGUUGAAGGAAGGAAAAAGCUCUUGGAUUUCUGCAGUCACAGGUAGAGAAAGUAGGAGCCUUUUAAUUCAAGAAAUGGCCCGAAAAAACCAAAAAAGAAAUACAAUUCUAGGGAAUAUCAGUAGUUGGUUGCUUGUAACUUAUUUCAUCCUUAGUCUUUUCUUCUUCCUAUCUCUCUUUUGAGCCAUUUUUCA